AUGGUCUACCGACAUGUCGCGAGGGCUCGAGGUUCCAUUGCAGAACUAAAGCGGACGGCUGAAACCCGUUUCGACACUUUGGUUGAGAGGAGCCCGGGCUUGUUCUUCGAGCUACAUGAAUGGGGCCGCUACCCUCCGGACUUUCCAUUCUACCUUGCAAUCGACGAAGUCGAAGCCCCCAAUUUGUUGAGCGGUCGUCGUCCGGGCUAUUCACGGUUUGGCGUCAUUGUCGCUAUACACAGCCUCGAGUUCGACUUCAUCGGAUGUACCUGGCCUCUACGUCUCCCGGGCCCCGCCUCGGUAAACGAUACCGCAAGAGCCGCUUGCAGCCCUGAGACACAACCGCCCUCCGUAGUCCUCUCAUGCUCAGCCUUGUUGCCCACCUCCUGGGCGACGAUCCCGCACCGCAGCCUGCCGUUCCCAGCCGAUGGACAUCUCAAGACCCACGCCCCAACCCAGACCAUCACCAUCUCGAACAGGCCUGUGUUGCGUCUACACAGGUCGCCAUCUUCGUGGAUCAGGCGGUGUUGGGGAGCGUUCUUCGCUCAGACAAUCAGUAUGAUUUGCCCAUACAGAUCUCACAUCGUGCGGUCGGUUCCUUCUCUUGCGUCCUGCGACCCCGUCAACCAGCUCGCCGAUUUCUUUCGCUUUUGCAGUAGGACUAAAUUUGCUCCUGCUCUCGUUUCGCGACUCUUCUUUUCUUUGACCAUGUCCUGGCACAGUCCAUCUACAGCGAUCGGCUGCUGUCCAGCGUGUUGCAUUUUCAACACCUGUGGUCAAUGUCCGUGUAUUGUCGCAUCACCCGCCUUCUCAUCUCUUUGUUUCAUUUUCGUGGUUCGUUUCUUCUCGUCUUUUUUUUUUUAUCUGCAUUCACAUUCUUUCGGAGUACUUUGUUAUUACCAUAUCCUGGCGCAGUCCAUCUACAGCGAUCGGCUGACGUCCAGCGUGUUGUCCUUUCAUCACCUGUGGUCAAUGUACCUGUACUACUCACCUGCUCCC